UGCGGUGAUUUGCUGUUUGAGAUGUAUCAUCUCAUUGAGAGAUGUGCAUCCCUCAUAUUGGGUACUGCAUCUCCCGUUGAAAAUGCAGCAUCUCCCAGCAGAGAUGUGAGCGCUUCUCCAAAUUGCAGGAUAUGUGACCCUGCUGAAAUAUAUAUAUAUAGUUCUUAAUUGAUUAAUUUUUUUUUUGUAUUUUAGAAUUAAGUGGUGCACUUAAUUUAAUGAAUUAUCUUAAAUUACUAAUUGAUCCAGAAAAUAUGAUAGCUGUAUCAAUAAUUGAAAAAACAGAAUUUUUAUCAUUUUUUUAUUUUCGUUCAAUGUCUGUAUUAUUAGCACCACUUAUGGCCAAUACAAUUGAUCUUAAAUUAGCUCGUGAUGAUUUUCAUAUAGCUCAAUUACAAUAUUUAAUUAUUGAUUUUCUAACAUUUUGUAUUGAACAUCAUACAUAUCAUAUAAGAAAUUUUCUUCAAAAAAAAGAUUUAUUAAGACGUGUACUUGUUUUAUUAAAAUCUAAACAUCAAUAUUUACAACUUAGCGCUUUACGAUUUUUAAGAAAAAUUAUUGGUUUAAAAGAUGAACAGUACAAUUUAAUAAUUCUUCGAAAUAAUUUAUUUGCAUCUAUUGUUGAUGCAUAUAAAGCUAAUAAACGACGUUAUAAUUUAUUAAAUUCAGCAAUGAUUGAAUUGUUUGAAUUUAUUCGACAAGAAAAUAUAAAAACAUUAAUUAAUUAUUUUGUCGAAAAUUUCUACUCAGAUUUUGAAUCAAUAACUUAUGUAAAAACAUUUCAUGAUUUAAAAUUAUCUUAUAAUACUCAAAGAGAUAAAAGAGAACGAAUACUUAGUGAUAGAUUACGAAUGAUAAUUAUUAUUUUAUAA